UGCUAUCUCGCUUCGCCUUCCGCGACCACCAAACCUGACUCUGAUCUGGAAGGAACAUUUUUUUUUCCUUCUAUUUGUUCUAUUCUACACAUCUUCAGCUCUCCAAUCCCAUUUUGCAGGAUCGAUCUUAGUCAAAGCGUGUCCUUAUGGCUUCCUUUAGAGCAUUUUUGAACAGCCCUGUUGGCCCUAAAACAACUCAUUUCUGGGGUCCUGUUGCUAACUGGGGAUUUGUUGUAGCGGGAUUAGUGGACACACAGAAGCCACCAGAAAUGAUAUCUGGAAACAUGACAUCAGCAAUGUGUGUAUAUUCUGCACUGUUCAUGAGGUUUGCAUGGAUGGUCCAGCCUCGCAACUAUCUGCUUUUGGCAUGCCAUGCCUCAAACGAGUGUGUGCAGCUCUAUCAACUAUCUCGUUGGGCAAAGGGUCAGGGGUACUUGCAGCAGAAGCAGGAGGACAAAGCCCAGUGAUUCAUGCUGCAUUUCUAUUCUACAUUUAUUUAAAGGAAAGGAAGAAUAAUAUUUACCAGAAUAUAGGGGUCGAUGCGAAUGAAGGCAUAGGCAGUCCAGCUGACAGCAUUGGCAAAGGAAAACAAAGAAAGGAAAAACGGCAUGUACUCCACGCUCUUCGUACUGAUUACCAGUUUCUGUAAAAACCAAAAACCCAACAUUUAUGAUUUAUCUGUCAUUUACUCUUCC